AUGGAAAUGAACUGGUUUGCCAAAAGACUUAAUUUUACGCUUUCCUAUCGACCACUUAACCAUACGAUCAGCGCGAAAUACGGAAAUCCAACCAAUCAUGCAUUUCAUCUCAUACAAAAUAAGGAAGUGGAUGGAUUUGCAGUAGUUUUUAUUGCCACUCCAGAGAGGAAGAAAAUAAUGGACUUUACUUCCUUUUUCGGUUGGUCUGAUUCGUACGUUAUGGUAGUGCCCCGUCCUGAAGAAGAGUCUCGACUCUUCGCUUUCAUUUGGCCAUUUGAACCAGCGGUAUGGCUUCUAAUCGUAAUCACUAUGGUUAUCAUGGUGGUCGUGAUGAGUCUGUUCUCCGGAUCAUACGUUUGGCUAUUUGUAAACGAUUUCCUGAAUCCAAUUGCUCAGAACAGAAGGGAAGAGAGGACGGCAGCUUUUUGGCAAUGGCCUGGUAUCUACUCCAUGUAUGUCAUUAACAUUAUGACUAAUCAAGGAACUAGCAUUGCGGUUCGCCGCUUCUCCUUCCAAAUCCUUGUUGGGACUUGGCUUUUGGUUGCCAUGGUCUUAGUCAACAGUUAUUCAAGCACAGUUGUUUCCUACUUGACAGUACCCAAAAUGAAACCAUCAAUCCAGACUUUCGAAGAUCUGGCGGCCAGUCCAGCUGUUGGCCUCAUCCUGAAAGUAGACACAGAUAUCGGCCAAAAGAUACUUGAGGCUGAGUCAGGCGUUCUUAAAAUUUUGGGAGAUCAAGCUCGAAGAGAGCCGGAUCGGUUAUUUACUGACCCUGGGAAAAUCAACGCGCGCCUUAUAAAGGGACGCUACGCAUACCCAUAUUUGCAAGCCUUCGCUAAAUUCUUCGUUGGUGAUCGAUUCAGAAAAGACGGCAAGUGUCAUUUUCAAAUGACUAAGCCUCUGUCUCUGACCGGAUUUUGGUCUAUGGCUUUCCAGAAAGGCAGCAAGUUGACAUCCAUUUUUAACGAUGUUUUGGUAGAAAUAUGGGAAACUGGACUUCCUCGUCGUUGGUCGAACGAUGAGAAUCCACGAGCACCACAAUGUUUCGCCAAAGAAAAGCCACGGGCAAAUUUAACCGGCCAAGUUCCCAUUCGAUUAAUUGAUCUGAUGGGUGCUUUCUUGAUUUUGGGAGUUGGCAUUGGCCUGGCCACAAUUGUCUUUCUUGUGGAGAAAAUAAUUUUCUUCAAAAAUCGACGGAUGGCUAUGAAUAUUAAAUAGAAGUUUCAACUAUAAAUGUAGAAGGCCCGUUUACUGGCAUCGGUAAACGGUAAUUGCUGUUUCACAGAUAUGUUUCGGAAUAUGUUACUCUGGACUUAAUAAAUGCACAGCCCAUGCACUG